AUGGCUGCACCCCCCGCCAAGAAGGCGCUCCGCCCCGGCAAGCCUGUCUUCAAGCUCGACCUCCCGUACACCCAGCCCCAGUGGCCCCAGAUUUCGACCGCCGACCAUGACAUCAUCCUCGAAAUGCUGGUCAAUCUCCUCGUCCCAAUUGGUCAACACCGUUCCGCCCACGGUACGCCUUCAAAGGGCAAGCGCAGCAGGAAACGCAAGCGCCAUGGGGCUCUGAGCGAAGCUGCAACAUCAGCACCGCCGCCUCCGCCUCCGCCUGACCUUAUACGUCAUAUUACCGUCGGCAUCAACAGUACCACGCGCCAUCUGGAACAGCUGGCGCAGGCCGCGGGAGGUGCUCAAUCGGAUCAAAUGGACCCGUCGAAGCAGUCACAUGCAGUCGCGCCAGGUGAAACGAACGCGCCGCCACACCCGGCCAAAUCUCUCCGUCACUUGUCCUUAAUAAUCACCCUGCAGCCCCCUUCAUCUAUCACGACUUCACAUCUGCCGCUCCUCACGCAAACGGCCUCGCACGGCCUUGCUUCUUCCGAAACUGCGCUCCUCGUCCCACUCAAGCCGGUCUCAGAGUCCAAGCUCGCAACCGCUUUGGGCCUGCCCCGAGUUGGCGUUAUCGGAAUCAUGGACGACGCCCCAGGCGUCGAACCGUUGAUCAAGUACGCACGCGAAAGGGUCCCAACUACCGACGUUCCAUGGCUACGCGAGGCGUUGGGGGGCCACUAUCUUCCAGUCAACGUGCUCACUGAGCAACCUGGGACAAAAUCAGGGUCCAGAAAAUAG